AUGUCCGUGCCACGCGAACGAAUGAAAAACCUGAGUAUUCACCGUCCGAUCAUCUAUGGCAACGUUGCGUCGGUGCUUACGCCCAAACAACGCGAACAACUUGCUGCGACUGCGCCAGACCACACGCAUACAUGGACUGUCGCGGUCCGAAGCGCCGCCACCGCCGCUGACCAAGACCCAGAGAGCACAAUGGUGGGCGGAGCGGACGACUUGGGGUACUUCAUCAAACGGGUGACGUUCAAGUUGCACGAAACGUAUGCAAACCCAGUGCGAAAUAUUGACAGACCGCCUUUUGAGGUGACGGAGACUGGCUGGGGUGAAUUCGAGAUCCAAAUCAAGAUAACAUUCGUCGCCGACGCCGCAGAGAAGCCUAUCACGUUCUACCACCACCUGAAGCUGCAUCCCUGGCCAGCACCCGGCGAGCCCGAAAUCCCACCCCUCGAUGUCGCGGUCAAGCUUGGUCCGGUGCAUAGUUGGCAAUAUGACGAGUUAGUCUUCAACGAGCCGUUCAACACGUUUCUGGACACGCUCACGAAACAUCCUCCCACGCCGCUCGUCAAGAUUCGCAGGAAGCCUGUCCCGUUCCAUCUGGCCCAUAUGCAGGGACUGGCAGCAAGCAGAGGCGGUACUCCGGAGUUUACGCAACAAAUGGAAAGAGAGGAGGCUGACAGGCUCGAAGAUGCACAGCGGAAUCUUCUGGCUGAUGAAGAUAAAUGGAAACUGAGGUUGAUAGAAAAGGAGAGGGAGUUAGAGCAGUUGAAGAGGCUCGUGGAGGAGAGAGGCUAG